AUGCAUAAUUUACAUUAAUAAAUACUCAAAAGAAAAAAAAAUGAAAGAGAAAAAAGGGAAAGAGAAAAAAGAAGAUUAUCAACUUCGAAAGAUUCGAAUUUCUCGACGAACAUACAGAAUGCAAGUUGCAGCCACCAGAUGCACCGGUGAUCAUCGUACGACCGUUGUGAGAGGGUGGGGGCGGUACAGUGGGGGUGCUCGCGCACUCCGGGGCCCACUUGUUCUUCAGAGCGCGAUCGGCUUGUCACUCGAGAGCGCGUUGCCGUUGUGGCAACAUCGGCCACCUUCGUCUCUCUUCCUCUUCCUCGUUUAUUUUCGAGAAAGGGAAUCGUCAUCCAUAUAUAUAUAUAUAUAUAUAUAUAUAUACAUAUAAUAUAUAUAAAAGAAAGUAAACAAACAAAGAGAAGACACGCGUAAAACGAAGUUUUUCGCGAACGUAUCAUCGCGGUGAUAAUCGUCGUUUCUCGAGGAAUGUGACAUUUUAAAAGAAUUAUGAAAAAACACGCUACAAUAGUACGAUAAAUUUAUUGUGAACGAAUUUUCUUUCGAGAUCUAUCUUACAUCGAGAUAAAACUAAAGAAGAUAAAACUUGUGUCUAUUUUUAUGAUCUUUCGAUGUGAUUGUUUCGAACUGAUAAAUGAAGCAAAAGGAUAAUUAAGAUCGAUAAUUUGACGGGAUAUAUAAAAAUAGAAAACUGAUAAAGAAGAGAAAAGAAUUCUUCUACACGAUAAUUUGAAAGAAACGAAAUUUGAAAAUAUGACGACGGAAUCAUUGCCACGCGAAAUGGACGCGCACAUCGUGAAUCUUUUGACGAGACUUUCCAAUAUCAGAGAGAACAAUCCUGAUUUAUCCGAAAGAAGGAUACCAAUGUCAACCGAGGCGCGAAGUUUAGAACUUUGGAGGGCGGUCGCGGUCGAGUGCCUCGCAACUUUCCUCUUCGGCUUGGUUGUAUCCGGAGCAGCCUCUUCUACCGCAGUCUCCGGAAGCGGACUCUCCAUCCUGGCGACCGCAAUUGCUUCCGGUUUCGCUGUCUCAGCGAUCUAUCUCAUCUUUGGCCAUGUUAGCGGAGCACACGUAAAUCCUGCCGUAUCAAUAUCCUUUUCCUUAUGUCGUCGUAUCUCACCGUUACGCGCAGCUCUUUACAUAGCAGCUCAAUGUGGUGGAGGUAUAGCAGGAGCUGCGAUGCUGUACGGCGUUACAACACCCGCGAAUACGCAAACGUUAACAUCACCCGGACGUAUCAGCGGACCUAUCGAAAGACUUUUAGUCGAAUUGGCACUUUCGGUUCUUAUCGUUUUGGCCCACUUUGCUGCGGAGACAUCAAGGUCUUUAUCCAUUGGAAUCUCCUCGAAGUCAGCCGGCGUUUUGGGUGCUGCAUAUACAGCUGCAACUCUCGUUUCGAGUCCGUUCGUGAAUCCAGCACGUGCUUUGGGGCCUGCUUUUGUAAUGAAUCGUUGGGAGAAUCAUUGGGUUUAUUGGGUCGGUCCGAUAUCAGGUGGUGCCGUCGCGGCAUUGCUUCACGAAUACGUUCUCAGUCCGAGAAGAUCGAGAGAUUCUCGCGAGAUGGACGACGGUGAUAAUUCAUCGAUGAGAUCGGACGAGGACACUUACGAUGACUUGGACAAACCAAGCGGGCCAAAGUUUCCAGGAGCUUAUGCUACCUAUCGUCCAGUCGCCGGUGCCUCCUCUUCGAUCUACAGUGCACCACCGACGGCUUUGGAACGCGUAGAAUCGAUCUACGGGGGCACCAAGUCUCUCUAUUGCAAAUCUCCACCUCUAACAAGAGCGAAUCUGAAUCGUUCGCAAAGCGUUUACGCUAAAUCGACGUCCGGUCCACGGGACGGUUUGAUGAUACCGAAACCAGGUCCACUUGUACCAGCUCAAAGUCUUUAUCCUAUGAGAAUAGGACAAUCCUCAACUCAGAAUGCAGGAAGGGAUGGGCAACAACCGGUAACUGGUCCCAAUCAAUCAUCCCAAAAUCACAACAGUACCAAUCAAAACAUGCAGAAUCAAUUGCAACAAUGUACGCAGAGUAUAUACGGCAUUAGAGGAAUAUCGACGAGUCUGAGUACGCGGGAGAAUGGAAUUUAUGGUAUGUCGACGGGAUCUAGUAUAUAUGCUAGAGCACCUGUACCACCACCGAGUAGUCAAAGCUCGCAUCAAUCUGGACAGAGUCAAUCCUCUACGCAAGGUCAUCAACAGCAGCAACAACAACAACAGCAGCAGCAGCAGCAACAACAACAACAACAACAACAACAAUCUCAGCAACAGCAACAGCAACAACAUCCAAAUGGCACACUCUCAACCAAUUCUGACAACGCAGCAAAUUCGAGGAGACCCGAAAGCAUGUACGGUCAUGUAUCAAGACGUAGCGAUGAUUCUGCUUAUGGUAGCUAUCAAGGUUCGACCAGAGGAAAUUAUGGUAAAGUUCCUGGUCCAUCUGGACCACCUAAUGGACCACCUGGACCACCUCAAUAUCGUGAUCAAGGUAGACCCAGUCCAGCAGGGCCUCUUCAACAAAACCAGAAUCAACAAAGUAACUUCCAAAGGAAUUCACCGAAUCCUCUUUAUUGAUCUUCCAUGACCGCUAGCAUUUCUGUACCGGAUAAAGCCUAUUGGAAUCUACGAGCUGAACGUGCCAUUUUAUAAAACGCGCUCGCAAUCCUACAAAUACGAGAUAUUGGGCCCCAGUACGGUUUAUGCGAAAAACAUUACCGAUAAUCGAUUUUUCAACGAAAUUUUUCAAGACUUUCUAUUUUUGUUUUUCUGUUUUUUUUUGUUUUACUUUUUUUUCGUUUUGUUUCUUUUUUCCUUCUAUGCUAAUCGAUCGUGAUCGAUCAAUUGAUUAUGAAUGAUCUGUAUAAUCGUAUCGACAAUCGAAUCUUUUUAGAAAUUUGUUUAAGUAUGUACAAUUCGUAUGUAUAAUUCUAUUCGAUUUCGUAUAAUCAAGUUCUGUACAAUAGUCCUAUCCUUUCGACAGAAUAUUAUCAUCACGAUGUUACUGAUAUUUCUUUUUUUUUUUUAUAUAUAAUAAUGAUCUUACGUCGAGAUCUUGAAUUAAACAUUCAAGAAACAUACGGAUUUUGCAAUUCGAAUUCAAAUUUUUUGCAAAUCAAAUUCACCCGUUUGCAAAUCAAGUGUUUGUAAUGAAUAUUUUUUUUAUGUUUACUAAGCUUUAAUAAUAACAGAUAUAAUCAAUUUAUAAUAUUGCAACGCAUUGUCAAAAUCUAACAGUAUUGUUAUCAAUCAUAGAUUAAAUUAUUAGUAAUCGUAAGAAAAAGAAACUAGCACGAUGACAUUGAAUGAAUUUGUUUAGCAAAAGGGUGAAUUUGAAGUGCAAUACCUGUUAUUUAGUCCAAUAUACGUAAAAAUAUCUAUAAUACAUCUAAUAUGUAUAUUUUCCCGAUAAAAUACAACUUCGUUAAUAUCGUAAUUAUUUAAAAAUGGAACGAUAGAAGAAUAUCGUGUACAACGAAGUUUCACACGCUAAGAAUGAAAUAUUUAAAAUGUUCAUGGAAAUAAGAACUCUUCUAGAAAUAACACAUGCAGAUAGAUGUUGUUACAUUAUCGUAUUUAUCAUAGAUAUUUAACGAUAUGAAAUCUCGAGAAACGUUUGAAAAAUAAAAAUAAUUACGAUCGAUCGCGUCAAACGAUUUCUAUCGCGAAUCGAUUUCUAUCGAUUUAUAUAGAAUAAGUAACGUUUACGUGUAAAUACUAUUAAAUUAAGCGAACUUAAAAUAUUAAAAUUAAGCACGACUUUGAUCAAUCAUAAUUUCUCGACAAUGAAUCUCGUCACAAGACUGAUUUUUCAGACAUUUCUUACGCAUCUCGUGAAAGAAAGAAAGAAGAAUCUUUGCAAGUAAAUACUAUAUAUGAAGAACUUGAAUGGAAUAUAAAAGAACAAAAAAAAAAGAACAAAUAUAUACGUGUGUAUAUAUAUAUAUAUAUACACACACGUAUACAUAUCAUACAAAUAUACAUAUACAUACAUAUAUAUAUAUAUAUGUAUGCAUCGUAAGAAUAAAUACAUUGACAUCGUCAUAAAUUCUUAUUAUUAAAUAAUAAGUAGCCAACUUUUUACACUUACCACCGAUAAACAAAUAAUACAUAAGUUGCGUCUUUUAGUUACGAUUAUAAGAAGCUUUAGAAAGCUAUUACGAUACUUGUACAUAUACGUCAUUUGUAUUUAUUAUUUUGUAUGUACUAAGUAUAUAUAUAUAACACAUAUACAUAUAUAUACGCGUUAUAUGUAUAUAUCUAUAUGUAUAUACAUAUAUAUACUUUUCCAACAUUGUUAUAUAAUUAUGUGUAUCUACGCAUAAUAUAUCAAAAGAUGACAAUAAAUGUGCUGCGAAA